GCCCAUUAUGUGGAUAUAACAAAACCCUAACCCUAGUGUUAGCUCACAUAUAUAAGCCUGGAUACUGCUUUUCUUUCCCUCUAUUGUUCUGAGAAGAGGUAGCGAAGAGGCCGCAGCACUAAGCCAACUCCAACUCCCUCCAUCUCGUCGUUCAGGAAAGUGAAGGAGAAAAUGGCAGCUUACGCAGCAAUGAAGCCAGCAAAGGCCGGGUUGGAAGAACCCCAGGAGCAGAUUCACAAGAUCAGGAUCACACUCUCUUCUAAAAACGUCAAAAACCUUGAAAAAGUUUGCGCUGACCUGGUUCGUGGAGCUAAGGACAAGCGACUAAGGGUAAAGGGACCAGUGAGAAUGCCCACAAAGGUUCUUCACAUUACUACUAGGAAAUCUCCUUGUGGUGAAGGAACCAAUACAUGGGACAGAUUUGAGCUCCGCGUCCACAAGCGUGUUAUUGACCUGUUCAGUUCCCCAGAGGUGGUCAAGCAGAUUACUUCAAUUACAAUUGAACCUGGCGUUGAGGUGGAAGUCACCAUUGCAGACUCAUAAAUGUUAAAUGUUUUGUGCUUUACUUUUUGGCUUUAUGCUGUUUAUUUAGUUCUUUAGAAAACUUUUUCUCCCUAUGGAUCUAUUUGAUUGGAACACGUGCUUCAGAUCUUCUGUUUGGAGGGAUGCUCAUAGGGUUAACUGUAGCAUGUGUUUUUGUUCGAUACUAUUUUGAAGCUAAAGAUUAUGUUAUGCAGAGUGACAGUUUUGCUUAUUCA